AUGGUUGGAUAUCCGCCGGUGUCGCCUGAAAAUGGAGCCAACUUUACAAGCUCGCUCCAAACAGAUACCUACGCCUUUAUAGACUCGAGAACCAAGUCAGACCAUUCUGGUAGAAGCGUUUUCAUAAGUGGCGGUAAUCGCGGAAUUGGCAAGGCCAUUGCCAUUUCAUUCGCACAAGCAGGAGCAUCAUUCAUUGCACUGGGGUGUCCCGACAAUUUUGGUGGUACCAAAGACGAAAUAGAGGCGGCGGCGCGACAAGCGGGACACGGUCUUCCAACCGUGCACUGCCUACAUCUAGACGUCACUGACAGCGCAUCAGUGGCAGAAGCGGCAGCGUCGGUGCAAUCUCUUACGCCGGGACUUGAUGUUCUGGUUAAUAAUGCCGGCUUCAUGACCCCGGCGCUCCCAGUGACGGAGGCGGAUGAAGGGCUCUGGUGGAAGACUUUCGAAGUGAAUCUUAAAGGAGUUUUUCUCAUGAGCAAGCACUUUAUACCUUUGCUAAUGGCCAAGGAGAACGGUCUAAAGACGUUGGUCAAUAUCAACUCUGUGGCAGCUCACAACAUCCGCCCCAACGCGAGUGCAUACGGCGUGUCGAAGCUGGCGGUGCUCAAGUUUACCGAGUUCCUCCUCGUUGAGCAUGCUGAGCAUGGAUUGAUCUCCUUCUCAGUCCACCCGGGGGCCAUCAUGACCGAUUUAGCUCAAGCUAUGCCGGCAGAAACGUAUGCAAGUCUCAAGGACAAGCCUGAGCUGACAGGCGAUACAAUUGCGUUUCUUACCCAGGAACGACGCGAAUGGCUUUCAGGCCGAUAUAUAAGUUGUACUUGGGACAUGGAGGAAUUCUUAAACCAGGAGGCACAAAUCGUCAAGGACGAUAAGCUCAAAGUCCAAAUGACUAAUCCAAAAUCAUUCGACUUGUCUGGCGACGUUGCCAUCGUGACAGGCGCCGGCUCGCGCUUCGACGGAGAGAUUGGAAAUGGUCGAGCUGCCGCCAUCCUCCUGGCGCGCCACGGAGCCAAGGUGGCCUUAGUCGACUUCAAUCCCGCGUGGGCUCAGGACACCAAGCGGAUGAUUGACAGCGAAGGUGGUGUCUCCGAAGUCAUGCAGGCCGACGUGACAGAUGAGGAUGCCUGCAAGGGAGUAGUGGCCAGGACGGUUGAGCUUUGGGGCGCUGUGCACAUUCUGGUGAAUAUUGUCGGCGUCGGAGGAGCCCUAGGCGACGCUACCGAUGUUGAUCUGGAAGCCUGGAACAGAGAUUUCCGUAUCAACGUCACCAGCAUGGUUCUAAUGGCUCGCCACGCUAUCCCGGAGAUGAGGAAAGUUGGUCGUGGCUCCAUUGUCAACAUGUCGUCAGUUAGCGGGCUCCAAGGGGGUAAUCCGAGCCUUAUCUAUCCCACGACGAAAGGCGCCAUUAUCCAAAUGACCCGGGCAAUGGCUGCUCACCACGGGCGCGAGAACAUCCGUAUCAACUGCGUCGCGCCCGGAAUGGUCUUCACACCAAUGACGAGGUCUCGAGGCAUGACGGAAGAGAUACGACAAGCUCGUAUCGAGCAAAACUUGUUGAAACAGGAAGGGACUGGCUGGGACGUUGGAUACGCUAUUUUAUUCCUUGUUAGCAGGGAAGCAAAGUGGAUCACAGGGCUCAUCAUGCCAAUAGAUGGUGGUGCUACAGCAGGGCGAAGUGACCGACCGGCUCUGAAAAGCGAUGAACUAGCAGCAGAAAACGCUAAGAAAAUUAUACAAUGA